UGCCCUUGCUGUCACGACCUCUGUGCCUGCUGGAGUCCAGCCCUGUGUGGGCUUUCCUGGGCUCAGAGCUGGGACCUCUCCUCAGGACGAAUGCUGCGGUCAUCUUGACGACCUGUUAGUGUGGUCUGGGAGGGUGACUGGCGAGCUAUGGGAACCCCAGAGUGGCCUGGAGGGACUUGUGCCUCUCAAAGGCCUCUCCGUGCUCCUUGUGUCGUCUUGUCCAGGCGGUCUGUGACCUCCGAUCACGAGUCCUGGGGUGCGUGGUUUUGGAAGCCUUGGAGCGAUGUCAGCUGGGAGUUUCCUUCCGAUGUAGUUUGAGUUGGUUGGUUCGCUCCGGCCGCGGUGUCUGGUGGUUUUUCUCGUCUCGGGUCUUCUGCAGGCAGUUAACGCCCCUGUGCCUCCGUUUCAGGGAGUCAGUACCAAAUGAGGAGGAAAGGACGAUGUCAUCGCGGCGCUGCAGCGAGGCACCCUUCCUCCCCGUGCGGCACUAAGCACUCCCCCACGCGAGAGACCCUGACCUACGCGCAAGCCCAGAGGAUGGUGGAGAUCGAGAUCGAGGGGCGCCUGCACAGGAUCAGCAUUUUCGAUCCCCUGGAGGUCAUCCUGGAGGACGACCUCACCGCCCAGGAGCUGAGCGAGUGCAACAGCAACAAGGAGAACAGGGAGAGGCCGCCGGCGUGCGCGCGCACCAAGCGCCACAAGAAUAACCGGGUCAAGAGGAGGCAUGAGGCCCUGCCCAGCGCCCACGGCCCGCUGGCGUCGGCCGGCGCGCUUCCCGAGCCCAAGGUGCGGAUCGUGGAGUACAGCCCGCCCUCCGCCCCGCGGCGGCCCCCGGUGUACUACAAGUUCAUCGAGAAGUCGGCGGAGGAGCUGGACAACGAGGUGGAGUACGACAUGGACGAGGAGGACUACGCCUGGCUGGAGAUCGUCAACGAGAAGCGGAAGGGCGACUGCGUCUCGGCCGUGUCGCAGAGCGUGUUUGAGUUCCUCAUGGACCGCUUCGAGAAGGAGUCGUACUGCGAGAACCAGAAGCAGGGCGAGCAGCAGUCCCUGAUCGACGAGGACGCCGUGUGCUGCAUCUGCAUGGACGGCGAGUGCCAGAACAGCAACGUGAUUCUCUUCUGCGACAUGUGCAACCUGGCGGUGCACCAGGAGUGCUACGGGGUGCCCUACAUCCCCGAGGGCCAGUGGCUCUGCCGGCACUGCCUGCAGUCCCGGGCCCGGCCCGCCGACUGCGUGCUCUGCCCCAACAAGGGAGGUGCCUUCAAAAAGACGGACGACGACCGCUGGGGCCACGUGGUCUGUGCCCUGUGGAUCCCGGAGGUCGGCUUUGCCAACACAGUGUUCAUCGAGCCCAUCGAUGGCGUGAGGAACAUCCCUCCGGCCAGGUGGAAACUGACCUGCUACCUCUGUAAGCAGAAGGGCGUGGGCGCCUGUAUCCAGUGCCACAAGGCCAACUGCUACACCGCCUUCCACGUGACGUGCGCCCAGAGGGCCGGCCUCUACAUGAAGAUGGAGCCCGUGAAGGAACUCACUGGCGGCGCCACGACCUUCUCCGUCAGAAAGACCGCUUACUGUGACGUCCACACGCCCCCGGGCUGCACCCGGAGGCCUCUGAACAUUUACGGGGAUGUCGAGAUGAAAAACGGCGUCUGUCGAAAAGAGAGCUCCGUCAAAGCCGUCAGGUCCACGUCCAAAGUCAGGAAGAAAGCAAAAAAGGCCAAGAAGACCCCGAGUGAGCCCUGCGCGGCCCUGCCGCCCGUGUGUGCUCCCCACAUCCCCCCGCAGAGGUUGAACAGGAUCGCGAACCAGGUGGCGAUCCAGCGGAAGAAGCAGUUCGUCGAGAGGGCGCACAGCUACUGGCUGCUCAAAAGGCUGUCGAGGAACGGCGCCCCGCUGCUGCGGCGACUCCAGUCCAGCCUGCAGUCCCAGAGGAGCACGCAGCAGAGAGAAAACGAUGAGGAGAUUCAAGCCGCCAAAGAGAAGCUGAAGUACUGGCAGCGGCUGCGGCACGACCUGGAGCGCGCGCGUCUGCUCAUCGAGCUCCUGCGCAAGCGGGAGAAGCUCAAGCGGGAGCAGGUGAAGGUGGAGCAGACGGCGCUGGAGCUGCGGCUGACGCCGCUCACGGUGCUGCUGCGCUCGGUGCUCGACCAGCUGCAGGAGAAGGACCCGGCUCGGAUAUUCGCCCAGCCCGUGAGCCUGAAGGAGGUACCAGAUUAUUUGGAUCACAUUAAGCAUCCCAUGGACUUUGCCACAAUGAGGAAACGGUUAGAAGCUCAAGGGUAUAGACACCUCACUGAGUUUGAGGAGGAUUUUAAUCUCAUUGUAGAUAACUGCAUGAAGUACAACGCCAAGGACACGGUGUUUUAUAGAGCCGCCGUGAGGCUGCGCGAUCAGGGCGGUGUCGUUCUGCGGCAGGCCAGGCGCCAGGCGGACAGCAUCGGCUUCGAGGAGGCCUCGGGGAUGCACCUGCCUGAGCGGCCUGCCGCGGCCCCCCGGCGGCCUUUCUCCUGGGACGACGUGGACAGGUUGCUGAACCCGGCCAACAGGGCCCACAUGGUCCUGGAGGAGCAGUUGCGGGAGCUGCUGGACAAGCUCGACCUCACAUGUGCCAUGAAGUCCAGCGGGUCGCGGAGCAAGCGCGCCAAGCUCCUGAAGAAGGAGAUCGCCGUCCUCCGAAACAAGCUGAGCCAGCAGCACAGCCAGCCCCCGCCUGCGGAAUCAGGAGAUAAAUCUCCCCCUAAACUUGAACCAUCAGAUGCAUUACCUCUUCCUUCAAACUCGGAGACUAAUUCAGAACCACCAACCCUCAAACCAGUAGAACUCAACCCAGAGCAGAGUAAACUAUUCAAAAGAGUCACAUUUGAUAAUGAAUCACAUAGCACUUGCACUCAGAGCGCACUGGUAAUCGGACACCCUCCAGAGCCCACCCUCGCCGGUAGUGGCGAUGCGCCAGCGGCGGUCUCCGCGGUGCCGGAGCCAGCAAGCGAUGUAAACAGACGCACUUCUGUUCUCUUCUGCAAAUCGAAAAGUGUAAGCCCCCCAAAGUCUGCCAAGAACACUGAAACCCAGCCAACUUCUCCUCAGCUAGGGACCAAAACCUUUUUGUCUGUAGUCCUUCCGAGGUUGGAGACUCUUCUGCAGCCAAGAAAAAGGUCGCGGAGCACCUGCGGCGACUCUGAGGUGGAGGAGGGGUCCCCGGGAAAGCGGCUGGACACAGGUCUCACCAAUGGCUUUGGGGGUGCACAGAGCGCGCAGGAGCCGGGCGGCGCCCCGGGGAGGAGAGCCGCGCCCCGACGACGCUGCGCCUCCGAGUCUAGCAUCGCCUCCAGCAGCAGCCCGCUCUGUGACGCGAGCUUCAGCGCGCCCAGGUGUGGCCGGGGCAAGCCCGCGCUGGUGCGUAGGCACACGCUGGAGGACCGCAGCGAGCUGAUCUCCUGCAUCGAGAACGGGAACUACGCCAAGGCCGCCCGGAUCGCCGCCGAGGUCGGUCAGAACAGCAUGUGGAUUUCAACCGAUGCUGCGGCCUCCGUCCUCGAGCCUCUCAAAGUCGUGUGGGCCAAGUGCAGUGGCUACCCCUCGUAUCCGGCCCUGAUCAUUGACCCCAAGAUGCCGCGUGUGCCCGGCCACCACAACGGGGUCACCAUCCCGGCCCCGCCGCUGGACGUGCUGAAGAUAGGUGAGCACAUGCAGACCAAGGCUGACGAGAAGUUGUUCCUCGUUCUCUUCUUCGACAACAAGAGAAGCUGGCAGUGGCUCCCCAAGUCCAAGAUGGUCCCCCUGGGCAUGGACGAGACCAUAGACAAACUGAAGAUGAUGGAGGGGCGGAACUCCAGCAUCAGGAAGGCCGUGAGGGUCGCCUUCGACCGCGCCAUGAGCCACCUGAGCCGCGUGCACGGGGAGCCCACCAGCGACCUCAGUGACAUCGACUGACCCGCCCGCCUUCGCGUGGCCUUGUCCAUAGUGUGGAUAAGUUGUACAUGCGUGUAUAUUGUUCCAGACUUAACUUAUUCUGAUCUCUCGGCCUGGUUCUUUCCUUCGUCCUCCGCGCGGAGGGCCGGUUUUAUUUCCAAGUUCUCUGGGAACAUCCCCGUCUGGGCGCUCUGAACGGCGCGGCUGCGUCCUCCGGCUGGUCUGUGCCGCCGCGCGUCCGGCUGGAGGCCGCUGCUCGCGUCACUUUCUCUGACCUGUAGCUUUUUUUUAAAGACUUUUGAAUGUUUAAUAAUUUUGUAAAUCAUACUCUUUACACGGAGUACCACUAUUUAAUAAGACGGGAUGUAAAUUUACAAUGACAAAUGUGUAUUUUAAGAAAGAAAAUGACAUUAUUUUGAUGGUACUUUGUGGAAAGAGGUGGAGAGUAGGUUUAUGUACAUCACUGGCAAAUCACCAAAAACACUCCGCCGUCCCCCGUGAGGGCCGGGGCGGGCGCGUCCUCUGGGUGUCGCGUCCUCGCCGGCGCCGCCGGCCUCCAGCCUCUGCCGCCUGCCCUCGCCUGUCCACGGGUGUGCCUCCCAGCGGGAUAUUUAUUGUAGAAAGUGUACUCAUUCGCUUUAUAAUGAAAGAUAAAUUUGCAGAAGUAUAUUGAUAUGCAUUUUUAUACAAGCACAUAAAAAUUCAACUUGCUUUGGGAGCCGGAUGUGUUGGUUGUUGUGUAAAUGACUCUGGCUGUGUGUUCUUUGAUUUUGUACCUUGUAAUCUUUUGUUUACAACGAGGGGCUUUCUGUAACUUGUUUUAAUUUAGAACACUUUGGUAGCAAUAGAAACUUUGGAUACAUUUUUGUAUGGUACAUGUGAUGUAUAUAGAAUUAGUACUUUAUUUUUAUUUUUAAGAGGUAAAGCAUUAUGUUAGGGGAAAAGGUAGGGUGGGUUUCCAAAAAUGCGGUUUUUAUAUUAAAAAAUAAAGUCAAGAUUUGGACGGUGUGGCCACUUCAUUCCUCCCUCUCUAGGGCGCUGGGCGGGCGCGUGCCAGCCUGUCCCCGCCGGCUCAUCGAGGCACGCGACAUGCCUUCCUCUUAAAGUUGUCACGGGAUGGCAUUAUUUAUUAUUUUACCUAAUCAUAUUUUUAUUUUAAACUGGUAGUUUUAAAAUUUUUAAAUGUUUUUUCUUUUUCCCCUUCAGUCUCUAUUGUUUGUAACAUCUCCAUAGAAACUUGAAAAUAAAAUGUCUUCCUUUGAUAGCU